GAAGUAGUCAUUUUCUGGAAGAGCAAAUGGCCAAAAAAAUCAACACCUCACUUUGAUUUACUUCGUUGAGAAAUAGUAGCUAAAGAAGUGCAUCACACAUAAUGUGAUGUCCCAGCCUCUGACAGACAUCCAGCAUUCUGAGAUUUUAUCCUGGAUCCAACGCAAUCCUGAUGCAGUGAAAUGGAGUCUGCCAUAUUCCGUGACUUUGACCCCAGCAGAGGGAGCCCACAGAGGCUCACUGGGUAUCAAGGUGGUCACCUUUAAGAGCACUUUACGCCCCAAGGAGACAUAUACAGUCAUUCGGAGAAUUGACCCUUGGUGCGACAUCAGAGGCACAAUUUCGCUGGACGUUGGAGAUCGCAUUUUGAUCGUCAACAAAGAACCAGUAACAAACAUGUCCAUACAGGGCGUUGUCACGACGAUCAAGAAUUCUGUCAUGUCUGGAUUCCGAAGGGUUUCUCUGAGUUUGAGUAAACCCGAGGGUUUCUUACCACUGGACUCAACGGAACCGGAGGAUAUGAGAGUAAGGCCGUCGAAUUCCUACGGCUCAUUGGCCUCGGACAAGGUACCCUGUGCUUCAGUUAAUGUGGACUCUAGAGACUAUGGAUUUCAGCAGAGGGUCAGUGAUUUGGACAGUGAUGCUAGUUUGUCACUGUCCAGUUUGUCUUUUGACAAGGGUCAAGUGAAUACGCUGACCAGUGCUAGUACGAGUAGUAGCAGCAGCUCUAGUUAUUGGAGUCCAGAUAGUGCUUCUGGGUAUGAGAAACUGAGGUCACAGUCACUUGAUCAAUUAGACACUGACUCCCCAGAAAAGAGCAAAGAUGGUAAAGGUCAAGACAGAGAUGUGCAAAAUGACAACAGGGUCAUUAAAGAUGGCGCCAUUUCCACGUACAAUAAUGACACUCUCAGGCCAGCAAACAUACACUUGGCGCCAUCUAUUUCAUCGUCCUUCUCUACCUCGACCUCCAGUCACUCAGUUACAUGCUUUGGCUACACCGAGAAGUCACGCCAGGACUCCACGUUAUCUCUGGAUACAAGCAGCGGUGUUGUCAGCCCCUCCAGCCUCCAGGGACAGGACAGCUUAUACAGCAUUGAGACAGUAUUCAAUUCUGCUGACUCAUCCACUUCCUCUGGGAGCGAGGAGAGCACUAAGACGACAGCUAAAAAGUGUCCAGAUGUUUGCCCUACCUGCGGCUCUGAGCUGAAACCAACAGAAGAAGACAAAGUGGACCUGGCUUCCCUCACUUUGGAAAAUCCUUUGAAAAUUGUGUGGGAUGAUAAGCCAAGGGUAGUGAACCUGAAGAAAACCUUGGGGACCACCUCAGGCAAGUUGGGGUUCACUUUCAAGACCAAGCUAGUCAAGGACAAGAAUAGCAACAGGACAAUAGAAGUCUAUGCCCUGGUGGAAACAGUACAAGAAGGUGGGGCCGCUGCGGGACUGCUCCAGCGCGGAGACUGCAUACUCUCUGUGAAUGGAGAGGCUAUCAGCUGCUCCAGCCAAGAGGACAUGAGUGGCAUCCAUCAUGUUCAACGCAUCAAAAAACUUACAGAAUCGGGUGAUGACGACAAUGUCAAACUGGUAAUACAAAGACCAGCAAGGGUCAAGGUCACCAAGAGAGGUCAUGGGUCAAAGGAGAGGGGUCAAAGGUCAAAAGAGUCAACCCCUGAGAGGGACAGAGGUUGUACUUACACUGGUCAGUCUUCUAAUCAUUUAAACUGCCGGGCCAGUUCGCUGACCGCGAGAGGAGUAGGUGGGCCUGCGCAGUUAGAGAGUCCCACUGCUGUAAGUUCGGGAAGUUAUGAACUGGAAAGUUUAGAGAGCAGUUCGCACAGUGAAGAAGGAAGGUGUAGUGAGUUCUGGACUCAGUCUGAUAAUAUGAUGCCACAGUCAAGAAAAGGUUUAAUGAAUUCCCCUCGUCCCAGAAAGGAAGCAACUCUGACCAAGGGGAGGUUGGUAAAGAUUCACAGAAGACAGAGAUCAGACCCAUUACGAUUCUUUACUUCCUGCACUUUUUACAGCAAAGGCAAACGACAAACAGUCUCAGAGACGAGCAGCAUUUAUUCAGCCAAACGUAAGGAUAGUUCAACAAAAACAAGAUUAUUUAUCAAGAGAGUGAUCACCAAGGCAAUCAGAGAUGACAUGGAGAUAUCUCCACACUUGAGGUUAAUCGUGUGUGGAAAUCCUAGCGAUUCCGUGGCCAGAAUGGUGCUAGGGGUAAACAGAGAUGUGGCACCCAGUGUGAGACACCAGCUCUACAAUCAGUACGAUAUCGCCAUUCCACGGAGCGGAGCACCACUGCGCAUGCAUUGCAUGUCAGAAGACACGACAAAAGAGUUCGACAAUCAGUACCUUGCAGCUCACAUGGCUGAAAAGUUAGAGCAGCGUCCAGUUAUCGCUGACCACCUUGCUAUACUUGGACAGAAGCUCACACACUUGAAGUGGGUAGAAAGGGGUAUCCCUGUAAAAAAUAUCGGACAAUGUCUUUUGGAGGAGAAGCCAAAGCUUGUGGCUCACGUGAAAGUGAUGUCAUUGAAACAAGACAGUAGGUUAGCCAGGCUGUCUUCCCACAUAGUGUUCUGUAAGCAUGCUCUGUAUCUGCUGACAUUCUGUGUUGAGAAGUAUGUGAAAAGUCCAGAGGAUGUGCUGUGCAAUUUGCAGAAUGAUCUCGUCAAAAUAAGAACAUAUGCAGGAUCAGUGGUGCCUGUAUUUCUUGUAGCCACCGUCAGCAAAGAUACCAGCAUAUCCAAGGACUUGCUCCUUAAAAUGGGGAGUAACCUUGAACAGCAUUUCAGAAGGGCGUAUUACAGUCACCUGGUCUACAACAAGGAAAGCGAUCUACCAUUGUUCACACUGUGCGACAAUACAGAACAGAGCCCCUCCGCCAUCUUGUCCGACAUAUCACAACUGCGAGAUAGGAUCUUCACCCUGUGUAUCGCCCAGCCAUUUAUGAAAGUGAAAUAUCCUCUGGGUGCUGUUGUGGUCAGAAAUAGCCUGUAUUCCGAGGGUGGAGAACUUGUGCGGACUUUAAACCAGUUACAGUCUGCAGUGAAGGACGUGUGGCAGAAAUGUACAGAAAAAGAUUUCCAAAUGGUACUGGAAUAUCUGCACAACUCAGGAGACAUUAUCGUGAAAAACUUCUAUCCCACACCUCUUUGCCAUAGUCCUAUAUUGGACAUGUUUGUCCUCAUCAAUCAGCAUCAACUCGUCCCCAUUAUCGACAAGCUGCUGACGAUUCCACCCAAGAGCGAGCAGUCUCCCCAGCUGCGUAAAACGUGGCAGCAACUUGAUAACACUGGGAUUGUUCCAGGGGAAUUUCUGCACAAGGCAAUUUUCUGCAACUCAGCAGAUUUUUCAGAGCAUUUGGCAUUUCUUGAACUGAUGCAUUUUAUUUUUGGAACCACCGAGCUGUCAAUUUCAGGUGCAAAGCAGAAGAUGUAUUGUAUACCCGCACACCUAGCUCAGUUUGCAGAACCCCACCUUCCAGCCAGCCACGAAUUCCAGGAAAUUUACCUGGAUUUCAAUGGCCAUCUACCUCAACCGGUCUUCUUGGUACUUCUCCUGCACUUUAGGGAAGCUUGUUUGAAAGGUCAAGGCUACUGCAAAGGUCAAGUUCAAGGUCUUCCUCAAGGUCAAGGUUGCAUCCAAAGCGUGGUGUCUGGGAUGUUUAUUGGAGGUGGCUUCCAGUACAGCAUACAUUUUGACAGGCUGUACAGUUUAGCCAGGAUAUUUGUCAGGCCAACAAUGAAGACAGUACAGCUUCCAGACUUCCUUGAUUAUCUGAGGAAACUUCUGUGUGACUUCACCUCCUUGCACCCUGUGGUUGAUCUCAGCUUCCAGUGUGGUCCUCUCUGCCCUGCAGCAGAGUGCAGCAUGAAGACCCACAGUGAUGCCCCUCAUGUUCUGGACAUUUUCCACCAGUCAGAAGUUCCCAUUUUCUGUGGUGCGGAGCAGGUGGACUGCCAUGAAGAUGUGAAGAUAUGGCUGCGCGGGAGUGAAGUUCUUGGCAUGUCUUCGGCUAGCCCAGCCAGCCUGGUCAGCACGACCCCCUUUGGAAAGAAGGUGGUCACCCUGGACACCAGGAUCCGAGACAUGCCUUAUGACCUGUGGUCAGUGAUAUGUAAUAGGUUAAGCAUCCCUGUCCUGGGUGAUAGAGACUGGAAAGGAGUGGCAGGCGUACUUGGCAAAAUUCCAAUGGAAGUCUCAUUGUAUGAGCAGCAGCGUGAUCCGUGCCGCAUGCUCCUCACCGACUGGGGCAAUACCACCCACGACACAGUUCAGAAUCUUAUUGAUAUCCUUCAGCUGCCACAGAUGGAGAGAUAUGAUGUGGUGGAAGACAUAUUUGGAAUUAUAAAUGGACAGGAAAAAGCAGGCAUGAGCGUGAAAAAGUGA